UCUUGUAAUGAUACUAUAGCAAAGUCUUGUCUUCACACUCUUUCUCUCUCUCUCUCAGAUAAAAAUGUCAUCGUUCGAAAUCUCUCACGUUGAUUUAGAAAAUGGUUCCGGCGAUCGUUAUUACCGUCGAAGUGACGUCAGCGAGAUCGGAGAGGACAGCUCUUCCUGCGACUAUGACUACGAUUUUCACUCAGCUGUGAGAAGCUUUUGCGGCGAGUUCGAGUUUCCUGAUUUGGAAGACCUCUCGGAAUCAGAAUCGGAAUCCUCCAGAGUGUCCCCGGAGGAGAAAGAUUGCAGGAUAUGCCAUUUGGGAUUAGAGAGUAGCCGCCGUGAAUGUGGAGACCCAAUGGUUCUUGGAUGUUCUUGUAAAGAUGACUUGGGUUAUGUUCAUAAGCAAUGUGCCGAGACUUGGUUCAAGAUCAAGGGUGACAAGACUUGCGAGAUUUGUCGUUCGAUAGCUUUAAACUUCUCUAAAGCUGGCAACGAGACUGAUCAAACAACAAUUGAAACCAAUGUGGAUGACGUGGAGGCCGGUAAUUCAUCGACGGUGGUGGCCACAAUCGAUUCAGAUGACCGUAGAUUCUGGAGAGGAAAUAGAUUCCUUAACUUCUUGUUAACAUGUAUGGUCUCUGCAUUUGUAAUAUCAUGGUUCUUUCACUUCAACUUACCUUCGCAACAAUGAGGAAGAAGAUUAAACAUACAUCCUCUGUGUGUUUUUCUUUUCUUUAUUUCUUUUGCUUUGUGUGGAGUUUGAUUCCUGUAUUAGCUUUUUGCACGAGUGCAAUCAUAUCAAAC